AUGGAACCCAUGUCACGCUGCAACGAGGAGCUCGACGCCCUCGUCGAGAAAAUUUUCAUGCAGAACAACAAAGUUAAACAUUCUGCUGCGUUCACCAAGAACGAGCUCAACAAGACGAAGGAGCGCGUCCAGGACUACAUGGCUAUACAGGCCAAAGUCGUGAUGCACCGGCACUCGAACGACUUCAGACGCCGCACCGAUGAGCCAGAUCCCCCGGUCGUAUUCCCUACCAACGGGCAUGUCGAUCCUUCGGCUGUCUUGGACGAGGACGGAGAGGACGGCGGUCCUAACGUCGCCUUCGCGCUCUGGACGCUCGACGGCUGCUUAGAAGCGGCGGAGCAUUUACUUUUCCUCGCUCGUCGCUUCGUCAGAGGUAAUCCGUACCAGUUCGGUCGGAUGCUCAUUGUUCUCUACGACCUUUCAGGAAUCAAGUCCUGCAAGGGCGAGGGGGACAUAAGUAUCCUUGUCGGCGCCAUCAGGCAUCUCGAGGGCUUGCAUGCCAAGGUUCAUCGCGUGCAGAACGCCGUGCGCCAACUUCGCGGCGAGACGUCAGUCGAGUAUGAUAACGUUGACGAUAUCGGUUGCUUUGUCACUAAGCACCUUGCCAUUGCGGAGGACGUCCUCAAUCAUGUGCGCGGUGGCUCGGUGGAUAUGCUGGAGUCAUUAAUGUUCGAACUAUUCUUGUGGCAGAAGGAGAAGGUGCCUUAA